AUGGAUGACAAUCAUGCUUCUACCCCUCCUGGACCAUUUGAGGGUGAGGGUACAGGCUGCAGAGAGUUUCUCCCCUCACCUCCCUCGUGCACCUUGGGGUUGUUGGGAAGGGAAAAUCAUGACUUAGUGAUGCGCGGGACCAACCCACUCUCCCCCAACCGCAAUGACAUGCCGAUCAGCGGACGGGUGUCAGGUUUGGGGCCAAGUGUGGAGGAUGCGCUAUGGCGAGGCUCUGCUACGGUGCCACCCGUCCUGAACGUGAACCUCAGCCGGAUAAAUCUGAAUCUCAGGGAAAGUCAGUCAAUCGGCCCAUGGGAUGGCGAAAUAUGGUCGAUCCGAGAUCAGAUUCGCGACCCUAGCGGUGACAGCCCAACGAUGGCGAUAGGAGCAACAACCGUGUUGGGCAAAGACACGGAGAGAAAAGCCGGAGAUUCCGACAAAGCAACAUCGUCCAUCCGGUUCAAUAGUCUCGACGGAUCCAACCUCGUUGACAGCCGAUGGUGUGUAACCUUCCGCAAGCGGACUGCCGGCGGGGGAAAGAGGAAGAAAAAAAAGAGGAGAGAGUGGACGACAAUCGGAUUGUCCCGCGAUCCAAUCGAUCAUUCUCCGCGAAGCGAUUGUAUACCACAGUUGGAUAGUCAGUCCUCUGACCACGCGGCGGCGCUGGGCUUGGAGAAACUACCCGAUGAAAGCGAUACAGACUAUCAUCUACAACAACAAUAA